AUGGGCAAGUUUAUGAAGUCAGGAAAAGUUGUCCUCGUCUUGGGAGGCCGCUUUGCUGGUCGCAAGGCCAUCAUUGUUAAGAAUUACGAUGAUGGAACCCAGGAUAAACCUUAUGGCCAUGCCCUGGUAGCUGGCAUCGACAGAUAUCCCAGGAAGGUAACACGGAGCAUGGGAAAGAAGAAGUUGAAGCAAAGAUCUAAGGUCAAGUCAUUUGUCAAGGUCUUAAAUUUCAAUCACCUCAUGCCUACCAGGUACUCUGUAGACAUUAACUUUGAGAAAACUGUUGUGAACAAGGACAUCUUCAGGGAUCCAGCCCUUAAGAGUAAAGCAAGGAGAGAAGUAAAAGCUAAAUUUGAGGAGAGGUACAAGACAGGAAAAAAUAAAUGGUUUUUCCAGAAGCUGAGGUUUUAA